AUGUUCUCCAGCAGCGGACGAAUAUUGAAGCGGCUGGCGGUGCUAGAUUUUGACCAUACGGUCUGCGAACACAACACGGACAUUGUGGUGCGUGAUCUGCUCGGUCCGGGAGGCAUUCCCCCGGAUGUGCAAAGCAUACUGCGAUCGUGCGGUUGGAUCCCGUACAUGCAGCGCAUCUUUCGGUUGCUGCACCAAAACGGAUUCCAGCCGAUGGACAUUGCCUCAGCAAUACGCGGUAUACCGGAGGUACCGGGUAUGAAGUCCUGCAUUGGCAACCUGGUACGGCAUGGGUUCGACGUGAUCAUAAUCAGCGAUUCCAAUUCGGAGUUUAUACGAGUGUGGAAUGACUUCAAUGACAUCGGCCCAUACAUACACACCGUGUUCACGAAUCCGGCUCGUUUCGAUAGCAGCGGACUGUUGGAGCUAAGGCCGUACCACUUCCAAACGGAGUGCACGCUCAGCUCGAAGAAUCUAUGCAAAGGCAAGAUUUUGAACGAUUUUUUACGGCGCCAGCACGACGAACGACAGAUCGAGUACGAUAAGGUGUUUUAUGCGGGCGAUGGCAAAAACGACGUUUGUCCAAUGCUGCGGCUGGGCAGCAAUGGUUAUGCCUGUGCGAGACGUGGAUUCUCCUGCCAUGAUGCGCUACAGAACGCAAUCGGGAAGCUGGAACAUCCGUACCCGGCGAAGGUACUGCAAUGGACGGAUGGGCACGAGCUGAAUGACCUCAUAUGGACUGAACUGGAGGACUGA